CUGCUCGUAUUCAUCUUCUUGUAAGUAUCCCAUGCAUUUGAAUCUUGACAACUACCGCUGAGCUCAAAUCAUGCAGCCGUUUCUUACUCCUCUUCUGCUACAUUGGCGAGUCCCCAUCACUCCUGACCGACAAAGUUUUCCGUCACGGCUGUUUGCUCCCUUUGUCCACAAGAUCUGGGGUACCUAUGCGGUGGCUAUAUUCUCCACCUGUACGUUGUCUGAUGGGGACUUUUUAGCAUGGCCAACAACGUUAUAUAUCAUACGACUCAUACCUGUUUUGGCUAUGCUGUUGAUCUACCUUAGCUUCACGAAUGGGGCCUCAUACUUCCCCCUGCAAAUCAACUUUGAGGAAAACAUCAAACCACUGUCGUGGCGAGUACUAUGCAUCUUGAUAAUGGUACUGGUCAUUCAGACAGCGUUGUUUGGAUUCCCGAAGCAUCCCUACCUCCCACUUCUGGCAGCUCAGUCUUUAGCUAAAGCUUCAUCUUGGUUCUUCCUGGCUUACGCGGCAAAACAUGCUUCAUGGAGCAUUGCCUCUGCGAUAGGCACUUUCAGCAUGGCCUCAACACAUAACUCCUCUUCAUACACUUCAUACGCACAGGCUGUGACGUAUAUAUUAUGCUCGCUACUAGCUCUCGGGCAAACUCUUCACAUGCUUCCCCGACCAUUGGUCUCUGCGCGUUCUUUCCUCUGGCUCCUGGGAUUCGUUCCAGUUAUCCCAUUCAUUGCAUCCAACAACAUCAUUUGGAAACACAUAUUAGCCGCAGAGACGAGCUUCCGCCUCUCAUCGCAAGCCCGUCACCCCGUAGAAAUCCUCGCUCAGAAGGCGAAAACGCAAUUCGAAGCCAUGAUCCACAGACAAUCUCAGAAUUACAGCGCCGCAUUCGCUGAGUACCGCCGCCGUUACGGCCUUGACCCUCCGCCUGGGUUUCAAGCCUGGUAUGCGUACGCUGUGGAGCAGCAGUCGCCAAUUGUCGACGAGUUCGACAUGCUAUUCGAGGCUAUAUUCCCGUUCCUGAAGGUGAGCGGGGCGCAGGUGCAGAAGGCUAUGGAGGAGGCAUAUGCACAACCGGGCAGUGAGCUGUGGUCGUGCGUGUUCUCCCCGGGAGAGGGGAAGACAACUUGUCAGCACCCGGGUCGGACUUUUGAUCGCCAUACCGGACAGAUGUUCGAUGAGUUUCUGAGGAACGUUCGCGGGUUGGAUGGAGUAGGCGAUGUCAGGUUCCUAAUCAAUCACCUUGAUGAGCCGCUGGUCUUGCUAUCAGACAACCAAUCAACUCAGGAUAGAGACACGACAGCAUUAUCGUUCAAGAGCGGCCUGUCUCAUCGCCCAGUAUGGGACAUUCUCACCCAGCACUGCUUAUCAAAGAACAAGAGGCGAAGAUAUCAAAAUGACGAGACUAUCAAAGCGAUAGACAACUACGGCAUCCCGUUCAUCACCUCUACUCAAACAGCUAUGGACCUUUGCCAGAACCCGCGAUACAGCACCCAACACGGCUUCUUCCAGAGCCCAGCUUCCUUUCGCUUAUUCGAAGGCAUCGUCCCAAUUCUAUCAACAGGCUCACCCUCAACAAUGGGCGACAUCCUCUACCCCAGCGCCGCCUACAUGGAGGACGAUUUCGCCUACGACGAAAAAUACGGCACAGAAUGGGACAAGAAGAAAAACCUGCUCUACUGGGCGGGCUCCACAACCGGCGCCUUCGCCACCGACCAUUCGAGUGAGCAAUGGCAGCACUUCCACCGCCAGCGCUUCGUCACCUUCGCCAACAACCUCCAUACAUGCAACCAUUCCUAUCUGUCAGAACACGGCAACGCAAUCAACCGCACAACCACCACCUUCCUGAACCCACGACUCUACAAUGUCGCAUUCACGCAAAUCUCGCACUGCGCUCGCGCGUCCUGCCGCGCUCAGUCCCACUUCUUUUCCCCCUCGCUGCCUGAAUCACCGCACGCCCCGCUCCGUCACCGACUCGUGUUUGACCUGGACGGGAACGGUAUAUCGGGUCGCUUCUACCGCUUCCUGGCUUCGCACUCGUGUCCGCUCAAGCAGACGCUGUUUCGAGAAUGGCACGAUGAGCGGCUGGUGCCGUGGGUGCAUUAUGUACCCGUGAGCAUGGGAAUGGAAGAAUUGCCGGAAUUGGUGCAGUUUCUGGCGCUGACGGAGAGGGGAAGGGAGCUUGCGAGAAGGGUGGCGGAGGAGGGGAGGGAGUGGUUUGGGAAGGCGAUGAGGGAGGUGGAUAGGGGGAUUUAUGCUUGGAGGUUGGUGCUGGAGUUGGCGAGGGUGCAGGAUAGGGGGAGGGAGGCUAUGGGAGAGUAGCUUAGGUGUCGAUGUCGUAUUUUAGAAUUUGAAUUCCGUCUAAAAACUUGGUGGAUGAGAGUCUAACGUCCGCCACCAUGUCUUGAGUGGACACGAAGAUGGGCCGCUGUCCCCCAGGAAGCAGGACCGUAUAACUAGC